AUGGCAGGGAAAGCUCUACGAUCCAUUCAUGCGGACGAAGAGCCUUUCUUGCUCCCUCCCUUGGUGACCAGAGGAGAGCUGAAAUCACCCGAGGCUGAACCUGCCAGCGACACGGGCCGUGUUCGGCUGCAGGGGUUGCCACGCCUCUUCUACAGUCUGGAUGAGUUGCAAGAUACACCAUUUCCUCCAGAAGACAGACAUCAAGACUGUUUGUCGGCCAUUUCCUACGCUUGUUCGGUGCUGGUCGUGCUGUCUUUGCUGGGCACUGGCACAUGCAUUGUGAUGUUGAUCUUCAACGAGGUUUUGCCUCGCUUCUGCCCUGCGCAUCAUGUUGAAUGCCUGCGCCUGGAGUGGCCAGCCAAUCCGUACUUCCGCACCUGGCUCUUGCUGUUUUUCCUGGGCUUCAUCAUUCUGCUACCCAUGGCCAUGGCCUCGUGCCAGUCCAACUGUGUUUGUCUGAUGGCAUUCCUUCAUGAGGACGGCUGCUGGUUCCACUGCAAACGCAGGACAACGGCUUUGGUUCGUUCCUGCGUUUCUGCAGUGGAAUUGAAGAGACUGCGGCGAUGCUGUUGCUGUCGCCGAAGUGCAAGCCUUGUGCGGGUGCAGCCUGGGGAGUCAAGGACAGCUCCCAAGGGCCUGCACAGGGCCUUUGGGGCAGAGACCGGAGCGGAUGCUGAGGACUUUGGCAAUCUAAUGAUCGUCCCGGUGCCUCCUCCGAUUCCCAAGAAGCCCGCGACGCCAGGCUUCCCGAGGCGUUGGUGUCACACGGCAGCGCCUACGUUCCAUGAAGCGGUGGAACUGAACAUCGAUGGUGAAGGGGGUGAAGUUGCACGGCUGGUCUUGAACGACAGCACCUGGCACAUUCCUCCCAGAUGUGAACGGGUUUUCCGAUUGGAAAGUUCUGGCGCCUGGUCCAGCUAUGUGGCGCACCGCCGCGCGGCCGCCCGUGACGACGACGGCGGCGGUGGCGGCGUGGUGGAGUAUCUGGGGGACCAGUUGGAUCCACGUGCCAACGAGCAGAUUUUGUUCUACGGCACUUCUGUAGAGGUGGCUGAGCAGGUGCAAUUAGACGCUCAGGUGCCUGACACUCCAGACUGCCCACGUCACGUUCUUCUACGGCGCCUUGGAGGGGGUGCUCAAUUCUGUGACCGAGGCUUCUGGGCUCAUGAACAAGCGGUAGAAGCUGGUUACAACAAGGAGCACUUGGACGCGGCUUGGGCGGUCUUGGUGUGUCGCGUGGUGCUUGGAAGGUCCCUGGUGCACAGCGGGCAGCAUGCGGGUCCGCGGCUGCAGCGUGAAUGGGGCACGGGGCGAUGGAGCAGCAUCCUGAUCAGUGGGGGAAGCCCAGCCCCAACUGGCCUGCUCACCUACAAUUUUUUGAACGCCUGCAACGCAGAGCGCCCACCGUUUCGCUAUGGAGAGCGUAGGCCACGCUACAGCCGGGACAUGGUGACCGACUCAGACUCGGUGGAAAAUCGCUCCCCAGAUCGCUCAAAGGGCGGCGAUGCCCGAAAAACAUCGCAGUGCUUGGGAUGGCUGGGGCAAAUUGCAGGUGAGGAAUACCGCGGUUUUGGAGAACUACAAAUGAUGGAACUAGAAAGGGACUUGGUCACGGGCUUGGUGUACGGCAACAGCACGGUCUUCCACUUUGCGAACCGCCCUGAAACGCAAGGACACGUGGCCCUGACCAUCGACGACGGUCUUUGUCGCAGUGGCGCCGAGCGAUCCUUGAUCCCGGAAGUGUGGAAUAUGCUUCAGGAGCACGGCGCCACGGCGACCUUUUUCCUGUGCUCAGACUACGUCAACGGCUUCGAAGAGGAGGCUGAAAAGCUGCUGGCGGAGAACCAUGAGUUCGGAAAUCACUGUCCUUGUGAUGGGGUGGACUACUACUCCAUGCAAGCAGCGGAAUUCGAGCAGGAGCUUUUGAAAACCUCCAAGAAGAUCCAGGAGCUCAGUGGCGCAGCGCCGCGCUGGUUUCGAGCGCCGCAAGGGAAGUUCUCUGGUAGCAUGCAUGGAGUGGUGUCGAAAUAUGGCAUGCAACAUGCACUGGGGGAUUGCUAUUGCGAUGAUUGGGCCAUCGAGGAUGCAGAUUGGGUGGCCGGCACUAUGCUACAGCAAGUCCGUGGCGGCUCGGUGCUCAUCCUCCACAUGCCCGAGCGAGGCUUCCGAGAGCAUAUUUUGAAAGCCCUGGAACUCUUGCUCAUAGGUUUGAAGCAGAAAGGUCUCACUGCCGUGACCCUGUCGCAGCUGUCGCAUCUAGCGGCGCCAUCGGCGCCAUCUGCCGCGGCGUCGAAGUCUUCCGGGGCGUCGAACGCGGGAGGCUACGCGGUCGUCACGCACCAUGACUUUGGAACUGUAGAUGGUCAAUUCUUCGAAACGAAGGAAGAGGCAUUGGCUCAUUGGCGCGGCUUGUCACUCUUCUCUGCACACAUGUUACUAGGCCCCGACGGCAGCGAGCUGCGCUACUACGGCCGCCGCGGCGGCCGCGACGCGGAGAUGCGGCAUUUGCCUGAGAAAUUGGGUGCAUACUCUGGACCCAUCCGUGGCAAGGAGUCGGGCCCUUACCUCCUUUGCGAAGACCUGAGGCCAGGACACCAGGAGGUGGCCGCAAGCCUUGGAGCUGCGGGAUGCUUUGCAGGGCCCUUGUGGUACAACUCCUUGUUUUGGCCCAACUUUCCGGAUUUGGUCUGUCUCAACGAGCUUCUGGGAGAGGAUGAGGACUUCGACCGUGCCCUGCAGCGCGUGAAUGGCCCGGGGCCAUUGGCAGAGCAGUAUGUGACCUUCGCGGCAGCCCGGGAGGAUCUAUGCCAGCAUGGACGGAUGCCGCAGGAGCCGGUGACGCUUCGUUUGGAAGUCCUGCAAUACGAUGGAGUGCGGGAGAACCAGUGGCACUUCCCCUUGCAGGACUUCAUUCCCAAGCGCGGGCAGCAUACGCCCUAUGAAAGCCAGUCCCAACGGGCAUGUGAGAACGGCGCCGUAAGCCUCGGCCUCAAUGCGGAGGAUGUGUCGGAUUGGGUGAUGCCAGUCAGUGAGUUGGUGUCCCAUGUGACCUUCAGCCUGGAGCCUGCGGCGCCUGCUUCGCGGCGCACAGCGCGUGAGGGGCAUCGCUUCGUCUUGCUGAGCCUGGGAGGGUGGCCAUUCCGAGUGCGACGCUUGGGCUGCUACGAGGGCGGACGAGUGGAGCUGCAGUUUGGCACGGGCGAGUUCAAGGAAGAGGCACUCUGGCAAAUGCUCGGAGUAUCACAGGAACCGAACAGUGUGCCAUACUCACGCGGCUGCAAAUACUGGUGUCAGCUCUGGGAUUUGGACUGGUUGGGACCAAAAAAGGACGAGCAAAGGUUCAUAGACUCAGAGAUUCCACCGGAGAAGGGCUUCAUUUGGUUCCGCGUUGUGGGUGGCACACAGCUGCGCACGGGUCGAGCGGUGCAAGUACAAUUGUUGGAGGAUGGGGUGGUGCCAGCCUGGCUGGAUCUGCGCUUUCUGCAGGUGUGGCUAGGUGACAUCCCUUUGGGCUACUUGAACAAGGCCGUGGAGGAUGUCGACCAGGAUGGCCAUGGCCCGGCGCGGGUGCGGGUCUGGAGGACCAUGGAGGAGGCCUCUGAUGACCGUGGAAUUCGCAAGGUGGACCUUCGCCUUGGCUCGCGGACGCUGGUCUUUCAGGAUCCGCUUUCGUGUCAGAAUGAGUUGGUGGAUCUGGGAUGGGGCAUCCACCAGGUGUGUUACAGGGGUGCGCAACUGACGUUGGGCCCGCAGCCGGGUCCAUGGGUCGAGCGAUGAGACC